AUGCAGAGUUCUGCACCUGAGUCGGACCAGCGAGUGCAGCAGCUACUCCGAGAUGUGGCGCAAGGCCGGAAGCGUGACGGAGCACUGGGAGCUGUGACUCUGUCGGAGGAGGCGGUGGAAGAGGCUAUUGCUGCCUUCGAGGACUGGAUGAGAGAAAGCCGGCCUGGCAUGCCCUGCUCGUACUGGUCGAACCAGCACAAAGUUUACAUCAAGGGCUUUGUGGGAGAGAUGGAAGGGGAGUACUUGAACGUAAAUGCUUCGCCGCAGAAGGCCGCGGAGCGGAGAGUGAUGGGAGAAGCGGAAAACGUCCGUCCCCUGGAAGAUUCUGGAUGGUAUGUUCCGCCACUUCCAGAAGCAGCUGCCAAGUCUGAAGCGGUAAAGCAGACUCUGCACAGAGUUAAGGCAGACUUCGAUGGGCGGCAGUACGGCGAUGAGUAUUUGAGCCUCAUUGAGGGUGAUCUGCUGGAAAAUCAAAGCUCGGAAGAAGGCUGGGAAUGGGCCCGAAUCAUUCAACGCGCGAGCCCGUCCAGCCUUGGACCUACGGAGGGCUGGUACCCACCGAGCUUUGCCGAGCCCCUGAGCUAG